UUCCUCUACUUGUCUUUUACCACAUUCAUUGUUUCCUGUGGCGGUAAGUGUUAACAUGAAACAGCAUGCUAGCUCGAUAUUAUAACUAUUAAUUAUGAGAAACUACAGUUAUCCUUUACAGUAUCAUUCAUAUUUACAGUAGUCGUUAAUCUACUGUGUUGUGUAUUAUUCUUCGGCGACUGCGGGAUGUUAUCAAACGUCAAAGCCUGUGUAAUAACCAGGGUGUCGAGGAGGUCACUGGGUCACAUUAUAGGCGUUACGCUCCUUUUUUCUCCAAAUGUCACAGAAGGACGACUCCGAAAAUGACAUUUGGGAGUACAAACCUCUUCCGAAGAAGAAGAAAAAGGUGCACGAAUCACCGUCUGCACCUGCACCUGUCACCAGCAGGAGAUGCACGUCCAGAAAAAACCCCAAGAGAGACACCUCUUGCUCGGUCAAGUCACCUGGCAGGACAGCUGAGAGUGGAGACUGCCCCACUGGUGUUCACACAGACGGACACAGCAGUCUAAAAGCACACAGUGUGUCCCCAAAGUCUUCUCCCAUUGAUGGCACAGUGCAAACAGACAAUGCUGCUGCUGAGGGAUCAUCCUCGGGUGACUUUUGCCCCAUGUGUCAGAUGCCCUUUUCCAUUUUGGUGGUACAGACUCAAAGAUGGCAUGUUGCUGAAUGUCUUGACACUCCCAGGGACACGUGCAAAGAAUGUCCCGAUGGCCUCCGGUGCUCCUCCACCAUUCCAAACCAUUACAAGAAAUUCAACCACACACUUCUGGCCCACGGUCGAGCAAACAGUGACACAGCCCUCCUCAGUCUGUCCCAGCAGGCAGAGGCAGAGACCAGCAGGGAGAGCAGCCUCAGUUGUCUCCCCGGACUGUUAAACGAGGUGGAUAGCUCUGUUUUAGAGACUUCACAGGACAGUCUUUCUGCCCGAUCCUGUCGUACCGCAUCCCCACACAACAGUCAGACGGGAACACCUCCGCCUAAACUCACCAACGGCCUUCGGUUUCUGCGUUCACCUGCCCCAGAGGAUUUUAAGAAAAAGAAAGGCUGGUCGUCCUCUACUAAAAAGUCUAUUAGUGCUUCCCAAGAAAGUAGAACAGAGCUUCCAUCCACUCCUGUCAAGACUGAGAGUGGAAGAAAAGCUUGUGAAGGUUUUACCAAAAGUGAACCAUCCCCUGACAAUGAUGCAAUAUCCUAUUCUCCACUUUCUGAGUUCCCUGCAGAGGCCGAAGUCCAAAUCAGCGAAUGUAAAAAAGCCCUCUUUAAUAACGAUGCAUCUGGAAAUGAAGGCGAAGACUCGAUGUUGCUGUUUAGUGACGGUUUCUCAAGUGAAGAUGAGCUCCUGUCUCAAUUUAUAGAUAACUUUGAAACCAAUACUGUGCAGGAAAAGGAGCAUGCUUCCUUAAACACCCAGCUGAAGUCACUUACGUCAGUACAGCCCACCAAUCAGCUAGCUGCCUCUACAGCUGCUGAAAACAAAUCAAAUUCCACAGGUGAAAAAGAAGCUGCCAGUAGAUCUACCAGUGCCAUCAGUCCAUGUAAGAGUAGCAUUCAGUCUCCACAAAGUAUUGUUUUAGAGCGCCUGAGAGAAAGUCUCCUAAGCUCAAGCCAGCAUUUAAGAAACUUGAAUGACAACAGUGUUCAAUCAGAACAACCUCACACAACUUCUUCUCAAGUGCCUUCAUUACAAACCUCCACUGUCCAAAGAUCUCACACCAUGGCGCCUCAGAAGGGCCAGAGCAAGGCAGGUCAGGCGUCCUGUCUGAAGCAGACAGACAUUGGGGUGUUUUUUGGCCUGAAACCCCUCAAGGAGAAGGAGAAGGAGAAAGAGGCUGAGAGUGGACCGAAUGAGCUCAACUCCACCUCUGUUCCAACACUUGGUGAAAACUCAAGACAGAGACGACCAAGGAGAGAAAGGCAAAGAAAAAGUAAGGCUGACACAACGGCAGAAACCUCACAGGGUACAGUGACUGUAGAUAAUGUACCAAACGCUCAGGGAGAAGCAGAGAGAGGUAGGACCAGAGGAUGGAGAGGAGGAAGAAGGUGGAACAGAGUGAACGCUGAUGGAGAAGUAGAGUUACCACGUUGUCCCUUCUACAAGAAGAUUCCAGGUACAAAGUUUGUCAUAGAUGCUUUUCAUUACGGAGAGAUUGAGGGCAUUACUGCCUACUUCCUCACACAUUUCCACUCAGACCACUACGGAGGGUUGACCAAGAACUCCACAUUACCAAUCUACUGUAACAGAAUUACAGGAAAUCUAGUGAAGACCAAACUUAAGGUGGCAGAGCAGUACAUCCACAUCCUCCCCAUGAACACCGAGGUCACUGUGGAGGGAGUCAAGGUCAUCCUCCUGGAUGCCAACCAUUGUCCAGGAGCUUCCAUGCUGCUCUUCUUCCUGCCCGAUGGACAGACCGUCCUCCACACUGGAGACUUCAGAGCUGAUCCCUCGAUGGAGACCUACCCAGAGUUACUCAGCUGCAGGGUGCAGACGCUGUACCUGGACACGACCUACUGCAGCCCUGAGUACACUUUCCCCAGACAGCAAGAGGUCAUCAAUUUUGCAGCCAGCACAGCCUUUGAAUUGGUGACGCUCAACCCACGUACACUUGUGGUGUGUGGAUCCUAUUCUGUGGGAAAAGAGAAGGUCUUUCUGGCACUAGCGGAGGUCCUGGGGACUAAAGUGUGCCUCUCUAGAGACAAAUACAACACCAUGUGCUGUCUGGAGUCAGAGCACGUCAAACAACGUAUAACCACUGACUGGAAGGCAGCCCAGGUCCACGUGCUUCCCAUGAUGCAGCUCUCCUUUAAAAAACUGCAGGAUUACCUGGCACGCUUUUCAAGGCAGUAUGAUCGGCUGGUGGCCUUCAAGCCUACAGGCUGGACCUUCAGCCAGCAGGUGGAAUCGGUGGAGGAUAUUCAGCCUCAGAUCAGUGGCAACAUCUCCAUCUAUGGAAUCCCGUACAGCGAACACAGCAGCUUUCUGGAGAUGAAGCGUUUCGUCCAGUGGCUCCAGCCCCUCAAGAUCAUCCCUACAGUCAACAACGGCAAAUGGGAUAGCAGGAAGGCUAUGGAGAGGUUCUUUAGUGAGUGGCUCAUGGAAACUAAAACUAAACUGUAACUAUUAGUAAACGGUGCUUUUGCAGCCGGCCUUUCUGCAGCUCGUUGGUAAUAAGAGCAAAACCAAUUAAUUCUCAAUGCUUCGAAUGCCGAAAGGCCACGGGGAACAAAAGCAUUUGAACACUACUCAUUUUAUUACUUUCACUGAAGUUUCACUGUAAGAGCGAGGCGGUUGUGAUGAAGUAGGUGAACAUGAAAUGCAUCCAUGAUUUAAAAAAGGUCGAGUAUAUGCUCUUGAAUCAAUUUACUAUCCAGGUUGUGCUUUUAUUCACAAUAGACUGAACUAAAAUAACUGACAACUCUGGAAGCUGUUUUGUGUGAAUGUGACCUGAGGUCCCACAUGUAUCAGCACUGUGCCAUCCGAAAGUAUUAUACAUCGGAACUGAAUAAAUUGGAUGUGGUUACUGAGUGUUGUGGCCACUUCCACUGUUUCCACAUUGUUUGUCAACAAUAUACUGCAAGUGCUGCUUUGAAAUUGUGCAAUUUUUUAAUUAUCUGUAUAUUUUUCUAUGUGAUCUAAAUUUUCAGGUUAAAAAAAAAUAAA